AUGGGGCUGCUGACGCUCCCUCACUGGUUUUCGAACGUGCCUUGGCUGCACGUGUAUCUGGGGUUCUCCCUCUCGGUCGAGUGCUUCGAGCAGUACUUGAACACUCGGCAGCUGAAAAGGUACGACGCCCCGAAACCGCCUGCGAAGCUGGCGCACCUCGUGACGGAGGAGGAGUACGCCAAAAGCAACGCGUACAACAAAGACAAGAUGCGCUUCGGCAUCUUCUCGUCGCUUUUUCAGACGUCCAUCUCGCUCAUCUCCACUGCCUGCUUCCUCGGCCCGUACUUGUGGCGGCUGGCCGGAACGCUCGUCGGAAAGAAUGGAAACGAAUACACGCAGUCCCUCGUCGACCUCGCCCUCAGCGCGGUGAUCGGCGAGUGUAUCUCCACCCCCUUCCAGCUGUACGGGGACUUUGUCGUCGAGGAAAAACACGGCUUCAACAAAAAAACGCUCGCCCUCUUUUUCAAAGACAAACUCCUCAGCCUCGGCUUGACGAGUCUCAUCGGCGGACCCGUCGCCUACGCCGCCAUCUGGCUGAUCAAUGUCUCCGUUCUGACGCAGCUCUGGGGCUUCUCGGUGGCAACGGUCAUUGCGAUGAUGUUCAUCUACCCGAAUCUGAUUGCGCCGCUCUUCAACAAAUUCGAGCCUCUGAAGGACGAAGAGCUCCGAGGCAAAAUCUGCGACUUGGCAAAGAAGCUGGAUUUCCCCCUCACAAAAUUGUACGAAAUGGACAACUCCAAGCGCUCGGGACACAGCAACGCGUAUUUCUACGGCUUCUGGUGGUCAAAGCGAAUCGUUCUUUACGACACUCUCCUCCAUCUGCCUCACGACCAAAUCCUCGCAAUUCUCGGUCACGAGAUGGGACACUGGAAGAAGAACCACACAACAAAAAUGAUGGCCGUGAAUUUCCUCCAGCUGUUCUGCACCCUUUACCUCUUUGGACUCGUCAUGGGAAGCGACGCUCUCUUUGACAGCUUCGGCUACACAGACACCCGCGCCUCCGUCGUCGGCCUCAAACUCUUCAGCAACAUCUUCCUGCCUGUGAACACCUUGAUUUCGCUUAUGAUGACGAUUUACUCCCGAAAAAACGAGUUCGAAGCGGAUGCAUUCGCCUGCGAACUGGGGUACUCGGAGCCUCUCAAGCAAGGCUUGGUCGCCAUUCACGCCGAAAACAAAUCGUGCCUUGACCCUGAUCCCUGGUUCUCCUUUUGGCACUACAGCCACCCGCCCCUCUUGGAGCGUCUUCGCGCGAUCGAAGCGAUCCAAGAGAAGGAAGAGAAGGAAAAUUGA